ACACUCUCGUUCUCUUCCCAAGAGUGUGUUGCCUGGAGGGCCAGACAACAACGACAGCUGCUGAAUCAGGACCGACAGCAACUAAGGCAGCUGCGACAUGUUCGCUCAAAAACAGUAUACAGACCCUAACGGAUAUGUGGUCGAACUGGACCCAAUCAAGGUCAUGGCAGGAUCCAGGCGAGCGAGUACGUACCAGAAUGACGACAUCCAUGUCCUCGUCUUGGACAUGCAAUGGGAUCCUGAGGUGACCGUUGUCGUUGGAAAUGUGCUUGACGAGACCAUCAAGCUAAGACAGGAGGGUUACCGGCCCGUCAUGCUGAACGUCGGCAACAACCUGGUCCCUGGAGGAGACUAUCAUCUGGAUGAUGCAUCUAACAACGAGGCGGACCUCUUCCGUCGUACAACACUAUAUCAAUGCCUUGAUCAGGAGCCUCGACGAUCAAGGUUCUACCCACUGCCAGAGAACGGUGGGGUCUAUUGUCCCAACCAGGCGGUCUUUCGGCAUGGCAUGGAUAGGAACAACGAGUUCAUGGAUCGUUUUGAGUGGAUCAGCGUUGUGUCUGUCGCGCCUAUUCCAAAAAUGGAGACUCGAGAAAAGGAAGGUGGUCUUGGCGGCGUCCAAUUUCUUGAAGGAGAAGACGAUCUUUUGCGCCGGAGGAUCCUUGCUGCCAUGAAGGUCGGCGUCAGUCAAGGCCAUGAUGCCCUGGUUCUCCCGCCUCACGGUACAGAUGCCGGUCAAAAUCCGGCGGAAGCUAUCGCAGCUAUUUACAGGAGCAUCAUCGGACGCGACUUUAUGGGUGGACGCAAACGUUUUCAGACGUAUAAGAAGAUUAUCAUGGUCCUGGAUCCUGAGGAGGCAUUCAAGGUCGUGAAUGAGACCUCAUCCUAUCGUCCAACGCAGCCACCAGCCAUCACGGCUACGCCUCUCCCUGCUGAAGUAGACACACUAGAGACCUCUGGUGACACCAAUGGAACUGAUACCGAAGAACAGAACCACGAAGAGAAUCAUGAUGAUCAAAAGAAAGGUUCAAGCCUGAGGCGUCGGUCUUCUUCAUCAGAGGAAGAAGACGAGAACGAGUCGCUCGAUUCCAAGAGCAGUGAAUUGGAUGAGCAAGAGGACAAGAACGAGGACGAAAAUGAUCAGGACGCGGAAGUCGUCGAGACAUCUGACGAUGACGAUUCAACCGAAGAAGCGGACGAUCAGGAAGAGUCCACAUCGGAUGAUAAGCAGGCUGAGGAUCCUAUCAUUGACGAGGACGCUGAAGAAGUCGCUGAAGAUGGCGAUGAAGACGGCGACGGCUUAUUGAACGACAACUUGUCUCCUGAGGACGAGGUUUCAGAGUCCGAAGCAUUGCAGGAGGAACAGGACUUGGAGGAAGAUGUCGAUCUGAGCGAGGAAGCCUUGGAAGAGGACCUCAGUGAUGUCCCCAUACCUGCGAAGCCGGAUACAACAUCUGAGGAUAAGGAUUCGGAGAACGAGCAAGGACAGGACGUGGACGAAGAGACCGGCUUGGUAGAGGACGAGUCAUCGGAACAAGACGAGACCAGCAACGAGAACCAAGAGAAACCAGAGCAAGUUGUCUUUGUCCCCAUCAUAGAGACUGUUAAGGAUGUCUUUGAGCGCAUGUUGGAGCAGAGGAGCCUGCUGAUUGUCAAGAAUCGCGCUCGUGGCCUGCCCGACCCUGACAACUCGGACACGAACAACAUGAACAAAUCCUCGGGCAACAGCACAGAGACCGCGACGCCCAGCUCGACUAUCCGAUCUGCUGUACCGACUCUCUCCAGCGCUUAAGGUCCUAUAUCCCCCUCCCCCACAUUGUGCGGCCUCCUGGACCUGCUACGUUGACGCAGUCCUCGUCCUUGUAUAACAUUCUGUAUCAUAGCCCCUUCUCCUCUCCUCUUCUGUCGCCCAGAACAAUGAAUGUGCCUCCCCUCUUUUGUUGCGAACUUUUUAUAAGAUUGCUGCUCUCGUUUGCUUUACGCUAUGCUGCUGGUCAUUUUUAUGGAUCUUGCUACGAUGCCCUUUCCUUUCGACACUAUACCUCUGCCGUCCCUGAUAUUGUCAGAUCUCGUUAACUUAAAAAAAAAAAAAAAAAGUCGAUAAUAACAAUAAUAACGAGCACAAUUAAAAAACCUG